AUGCCGCUCGUUCGCCAACCAGGCUAUAACCACGCAGCUCGCCAGUCUACUGCAGGAUCAAGAAAGAAAGGAAAGCGCAAACCCAAAGGACAAGUAGUGGAUGUUCAGUCCUCAUCGGGAGCUUCUGAUCCCAAUGCCGUUGUGCAUGUCCCAAAAACUCAAGAGCAAAAGGAUCGAGAACGAAAGGAAAAGCUUGUACAGGAGCUAGCUGCACAGUCCGAGUCGAAGGUCUCGGUCAAGAAACGCAAACGUCUAGAGAAAUACAUAGACAAAAAACUCGCACAAGAGGAACGCGUCAAAAUCAUUGAGAAGCUCGCGAAAUCGCAAGAACAAACUUCCUCUCUGAACCUACAAUCUUCGUCCACACUUGGUACCGGAAAGGCCUCUACCAACCAAGUUCGUUUGGACAAAGCAGAGGACAGGGAGGUCCGAAAAGCUCUCGAUGGGCGUACAAACAGGCGCAGACGACAGCCUGACUUCAGCUAUCAUGCUGCGGUGUCGUCAGAAAGCGAGGGCGAGAGUAUGGAGGGCAUCUCGGACGCCGAGGACAAGGAACUUACGCGUGAGGUUGUAGUGGUGGAUGCAACUACGGGACCUUCAACCUCGAGGGUGGUUUCUUCUGCUGCAAUUGGGAGUGCACUCAGAAGAAAUGCGGACGGAACAGUGGCUACACCCAAGAUUGUUCCUAAGAAAACAAAGGGCGUGAAGAGUGCAUGGGGACGCCGAAAGCAACCAUCGCAGACCGCCCAAGAUUCGGAUACGUCGUUUGACAGCUCCGACUCUGCUAAUGACACAGAUCACGAGUCCCAAGCAUCAAGCAGUACUUCUGAAGAAACUGGAGAAGACGGAGAAGUCGGGGACGAGGGCUCGCCUUCCGCACAAAGCGAAAACGACAGUGAAUCGGCAAGCGAAUCCGAAGAAGAAACCCAUCCCGCUCCAUCAAAGCGCAAAAGCUUCAAGGAUUGGGCAACAAAUCAGCUGAGCAUGGCCAAGGGAUAUACCCCAACCUCGACAGACGAAGCGGUAUCCUUAGCGCCUGAUCUCAUGGCUAUACCUGUACGGAAGAGGCGGAAAACGUCUCAUGACGGCGAGAUGCGAGGACCACUCGGCGAAGACCUCAAACUUGCGUCAACAUCUUUUGCAGCUCAUCUGCAAGACUCGUCAAAGCCUUCCGAAUCUAAGAAUGUUAAAAAAAAGAAAGCUGUAACCGUGUCUCGACCUUCUGAGGUUGAAGACGCCCGUAUGCUUCUUCCCAUUCUAGCGGAGGAGCAGCCUAUCAUGGAAGCCGUUCUCCUGAACCCAGUGGUUGUUAUAUGUGGUGAAACUGGCAGUGGUAAAACAACACAAUUACCUCAGUUCUUGUACGAAGCUGGCUUUGGCGAUCCGGACGGCGACAAUCCUGGCAUGAUUGGUAUUACACAGCCGCGACGUGUGGCAGCCAUGUCAAUGGCAUCCCGUGUCGCUCACGAAUUGUCCCUGACCUCAUCGAAGGUAUCAUAUCAGAUACGUUAUGACGCAACUGUGUCUCCGUCGACGACCAUCAAGUUUAUGACGGAUGGUGUUCUGCUUCGGGAGCUCGCUACCGACUUCUUGCUUACUAAAUACUCUGUCAUAAUCAUUGACGAGGCACAUGAACGCAGCAUGAACACUGACAUCCUCAUUGGUGUACUCAGUCGGGUGAUCAAACUUCGUGAACGGAUGUGGACGGAAGGAAAGGCAAAACCUUUGCGCCUUAUCAUCAUGUCUGCUACCUUACGAGUCAGCGAUUUUGCCGACAAUACUACCCUUUUUGCUACCCCUCCUCCAGUGAUAAAUGUUUCGGCUCGUCAGCACCCUGUCACCACGCACUUCAGUCGCAGGACCGUCAGUGACUAUGUCGGGGAAGCGGUCAAGAAAGCAUCUAAGAUCCAUACUCGGCUACCGCCAGGAGGCAUUCUCAUCUUCCUCACAGGCCAGAAUGAGAUCAAUGGGGUUUGCAAACGACUAGAGGCUAAGUACGGAAGACGGGCCAUCGAGGAUAGAAAAAAUAGGAGGCAAGCACCGCCUCCCGCCGUGCCAGAAAUGCAGGAGGUCGAAGGCGGAGUCAAUCCCACGGAAGUCGAUGUCGAGGCUGAGGAAGUCAACCUGGGGGUGGAAGAGGCCGAUCUCCACUUUGAGCUGGACGAUGAUGAAGGGGGCAGUGGCUCUGACUCAGAAAUGGGAGAUGAUGAGAUUAUCAUUGACAUGAACGAAAGCGAAGUUCCGAUGCAUGUGGUACCGUUGUAUUCGCUCCUUCCCAGCGAGAAGCAGAUGCAGGUCUUCAAGCCGCCACCAGCGGGUCACCGUUUAGUGGUUGUGUCUACGAACAUUGCUGAGACAUCACUCACAAUACCAAACAUCAGAUAUGUCAUCGACUGCGGCAGAGCAAAAGAGCGCAAGUAUGAUGUCGCCAGCGGUAUCCAGUCUUUCCAGGUAGGCUGGAUAUCAAAGGCUUCGGCAGCUCAAAGAACAGGUCGUGCAGGAAGAACAGGCCCGGGUCACUGCUACCGGUUAUACUCGUCCGCACUCUUCGAACACUACUUUGACGCCUUUUCCCAGCCCGAGAUUCUUCGGACACCGAUAGAGGGAGUCGUAUUGCAAAUGAAAAGCAUGAAUAUCGAUGCCGUUGCCAACUUCCCUUUCCCCACCCCGCCGUCUCGGGAGUUGCUCAAGAAAGCAGAGACUGUUCUAACACGUCUUGGAGCGUUCAGCAGCUCAGCCAUUCCCGGAGGGAAAUCAGGACACGUCAUGUCCACGGUAGGCGGAAGCAUUACUCCGUUGGGCAAGGCGAUGGCUUUGUUUCCUCUCCAUCCGCGCUACUCAAGAAUGCUCGUGAGCGGGCAGCAACAUGGAUGCCUCCCUUAUGUGAUAUCAGUCGUGGCUGCACUUUCCGUUGGUGACCCCUUCCUUGCAGAAGAUGCUGUCAAUCAUGAUUCGGAUGGUGAAUACUCGGAUGAUGAAGACGGUCUUGGUCAUAUACGUAGGGCAAAAAUUAGAGAAAAGGAAGCCCGUAAAAUCAGACGGCGAGCUUUCUUUGAAUCGCAGCAGGUACAUGCGUCUCUUGGCAAGUCAACGAGCGAUAUCUUCCGAAUACUUUCUGUGGUUGGUGCGUACGAGUACGCUGGCGGGGGCCACAGAUUUUGCCAGGAGCACUUCGUCCGUCCAAAGGCAAUGGAAGAGAUUCACAAGCUACGUGCACAGCUGUCCAAUAUCGUGCAGAUCAACUUCCCUGGCACGGACGCCAAGCUAAAUGCUAAUCUGCGACCGCCGACUGACCAACAGCUCAAAGUCAUCCGUCAGUUAAUAGCCGCGGCAUUCAUCGACCAAGUUGCCAUCCGAAAAGACCUUGUGAAGAAGGAAACAGCGACCGGAGUCCAAUCGUCGACGACGAAGGGCAUACCAUACCGCGCACUCGGAAUUGACGAGGACGUCUUCAUCCACCCUGCUUCCUUGUUCGCGGAUCGGUCGCCGCCUGACUACGUAGUGUUCCAUGACAUCGUUCGAACAUCUCGCCCGUGGUUAAAGACUCUCACUGUCGUCAAUGUUGCGUGGUUGUCUGCAUUAGGCAAGCCAUCUCUAUGCACAUUCUCAAAACCUGCAAAAAAUAGCAAAGGUAUCUUGAUGUCCAUUCCCCACUUCGGGCCAGAAAGAUGGGAAUUACCCCCUGUGAAGGCGGAAGUUGUCUAAAAGUAUAACAUUGGUGUUAAUGAUUGAUACAUAUACAUACUGUAGUACUCAAACUGGUAUCUAGAAUGUGUAGAUGAGGAGGUCUAGGAUAAC